AUGUCGGUACUUGGAAAGUUGGCUCUUGUUACAGGAGCUGCCUCUGGCAUCGGAAGGGCCACUUGUCGGAUCCUAGCUGAUGAGGGUGCAGCAAUUAUAGCAGCAGACUGCAACCUAUCUGGAGCUAAAGACACCAUUGGAAGUUUAAAGUCAUCACAUAAUAAUGAAAACCUUGCCCUUACCAUGGCUGUGGAUGAAUCAAGCAGUGUGAAAAAAGGCUUGAAACUCAUUCUGGAACAGUACAGUAAACCACCUUCGAUUGUGGUGAACUGUGCUGGAAUCACCAGAGACAACUUCUUGCUCAAAAUGUCUGAGCAGGACUUUGAUGAUGUUAUCCGAGUCAACCUGAAAGGAACCUUCCUUGUAAUGCAGACCUUUGCCAAUGCUGUAAUCCAAUACAAAAUUAACAAUGCUUCAUUUAUUAAUAUAGCAAGCAUAGUUGGGAAACAUGGAAAUAUUGGACAGGCAAAUUACUGUGCCAGCAAGGCUGGUGUUGAAUUGCUGACUAAAACUGCAAGCAAAGAGUUUGGUAAGUUUGGAAUAAGAUGCAAUGUCAUCUUGCCUGGAUUCACAGAUACACCAAUGGUUAAAAUGGUCCCUGAAAAAGUUAAACAGAAACUAAUACCUUUCAUAUCAGCUGGACGUUUUGGUUUACCAGAAGAAAUUGCUCAAACGAUAGCAUUCUUGGCUUCUGAGAAAAGUUCCUAUGUGAAUGGUGCAUCGAUUGAAGUGACUGGAGGAUUUUAAUGUAGAUACACAUGUGCAUUUUUUUUAGCUAACUAACUAAAUAUAAUAAAUU